AUGAGGAAGGAAAAUCAAUCCUCUGCCCUGGAAUUCAUCCUCCUGGGAUUUAGUAGUCAGAAAAAAGAAGAUUUCUUCUUCAUCCUCUUCCUGUUCAUCUAUCCCAUCACAUUAAGUGGAAACCUGCUCAUCAUCUUAGCCAUUCGCUCUGACAAUCGCCUUCACAACCCCAUGUACUUUUUCCUUGCCAACCUCUCCUUUGUUGACAUCGUCUUCUCAUCUGUAACCAUCCCAAAAAUGCUAACCAGUCACCUCUUGGGCAGCAAAGUGAUCUCUUUUGGGGGAUGCCUCACCCAGAUGUAUUUUAUGAUUGCCAUGGCUAACACAGACAGCUAUAUUUUGGCUGUGAUGGCAUAUGACCGGGCUGUGGCCAUCAGCCACCCACUUCAUUACAUGAUGAUUAUGAGUCUGCGAUCUUGUGUCCUGCUAGUUGGUGGGUCUUGGGUGGUUGGACAUGCCAAUUCCCUCCUUCACACUCUGCUCACUGCUAGUCUGUCCUUCUGUGGCAACAAGGAAGUAGCCAAUUUCUACUGUGACAUUACCUCUUUACUAAAGCUGUCCUGUUCUGACAUCCACUUUAAUGUGAAGAUGAUGUACCUAGGGGUUGCUGUUUUCUCUGUGCCAUUACUAUGCAUCAUUAUCUCAUAUAUUCAUGUCUUUUCUACGGUCUUUCGAGUUCCAUCCACCAAGGGUGUGCUCAAAGCCUUCUCCACUUGUGGCUCCCACCUCACAGUUGUUCUUCUGUAUUAUGGGACAGUCAUGGGUAUGUAUUUCCGUCCUCUGACCAGUUACAGCCUGAAGGAUGCAGUGAUAACUGUGAUGUAUAUGGCAGUGACCCCAAUGUUAAAUCCUUUCAUCUAUAGUCUGAGAAACCGGGACAUGAAGGCUGCCCUACAUAAACUCUUUAGCAAGAGAAUAUCCUCACAACCAAUAAGAAAAAGAGGGAAAACAGAAGAUGCAGGGGAAAAGAGCCAACAAGUUCCAGAAGGUGAAGAAGUUCUUGCACAAUCUAAAAGAGAAGAUACGCAUCAUAAAAAGGAUCAAACAAAAUUGGUAGAGAUGAAGGCAAAUCCUGCACCCUCGCUAGAUGCUGUUGUACAGAUUCUUCCUACUUUAGUCCAUCUUCUGCAUCACGAUGAUCCAGAAGUAUUAGCAGAUACCUGCUGGGCUAUUUCCUACCUUACCAAUGGUCCAAAUGACUGGAUUGAAAUAGUUGUGAAAACAGGAGUUAUUCCCCAAUUUGUGAAGUUUCUAGGAGCUACCAAAUUGCCCAUUGUGACUCCUGCCCUAAGAGCCAUAGGUAAUAUUGUCACUGGGAGAGAUGAACAUACCCAGGUUGUGAUAGAUGCUGGAGUACUUGCUGUUUUUCCCAGCCUGCUAACUAACUCCAAAAUGAAUAUUCAGAAGGAAGCUACUUGGACAAUGUCCAACAUCACCGCUGAAUUGUUGAUGAACCACUUAACUGUGAAAGAUAUCAAAAUUAUUCUGGUUAUCUUGGAUGCCAUUUCAAAUAUCUUUCAGGCUGCUGAGCAGCUAGAAGAAACUGAGAAACUUAGUAUAAUGAUCAAAGAAUGUGGAGGCCUGGAUAAAAAUUGA